CCCGCCCUGUUUUCUUUCUUGGCCUAUCAGCAUUUCUGCUCUCAAAAGGAUCGCCUCAAGUGUGUCAAUUUUUGCAAUAAGGGACGGCUGAAUACCUGGAUUUUUAUUGGCGCUGGAAACAGGCAGUACUGGUCUAAACCAGCCAAUAAAGUAGAAACUCCUUGCUUGUGGCUGCCUUUGACUCUGAACAGAGCCUGUGUUCACUGCCUGCUGGGAUGGGGGCUUCUGAGAGUGCCCUUGCAACCCCUUCCUCCAGGCCGCUGCUCAACAAGCACCUGGCGCAUGUCAGCGACCCACGCUCCCCUACGGCUGGGAUCCUGAGAACCCCCAUAGAGGUAGAGAGCUCCCUCCAGGGGAGUCCCCUGGCUGGUUCCAAAGAAGAGGGGUUGGUAGACAAUGACCAGAAUUGGAACUUGGACCCUCGUUCCCCGACUCCUGGCAUCUUGCGCACACCCAUGAAAGCAGUGGUGGCCAACACCAUCAAUAACCUGGUGAAGCAGCUCAGCGAAGCCUUUGCAGCCACGGCCGCUGAGGAGGAACAGCUCCCGGAGGAGCCCUCUCAUCAUGACCAGAAGCCCGAGGCCGCCUUCGUCGCUAAGGAGGGCUCAAGGGAGGAGGCUUCUCCUGGGGAAGCAUCCCAGAGGGAAAAGGAGAGGCAAGAGCCGCUGGCCGAGAGAGCUUCUCUCAUGGCUGCCUCAAGAAUCGUGGCAAAGCCUGCCCAUGCCCUUGGUCCUUCAGGAAGCAAGCCAGUAAGGUGCAGAGCAAGCAGCAAGAUGCUGGCUGUCUCAACGAGCUCCGUGCGCUCUCCUCUCAGCGUCCUGCAGGAUGAUAACUCCCCCAGUUCUCUUGCUUCUCAGGGCAAGAGGCGUUCUUCAGUUGCAGACCACCCAGGAGAGCGCAAGGAGGGCGUGUUGCCCUCCGGCCGAACCCUCAAAGCGGGCAGCUGUGGCUGGGGGAGUUCUUUGAACAAGGAGAAUCAGCAGCGUCACCUGGUGGAAAAUUAGUCUCCUUCCAGCCCCUCCCGGGCUUCCUGGCCCUUGAGAGAAGCACUUCAAGAGUGGAGGGAGCUGGAGACGGUGGGGCGUUGCAGCCUUCCCUCCCUCCCUCCCUCCCUCCCUCCCUCCCUCCCUGCACAGCCCCUUUCCGUUUGCCUCCUUUUCUCCUGGCCUAGGAAGGAGCAGCCUUUUUUUAUAUGUUUCUCAUCUAGUUCCUUCUCUUUGUUUCUUGUAUGUACCUUUCUUCUGAAAUGUCCUUACUGCCACCCACUUCGGUGUCUUCUGCCUUUGGAAAAUAAAUUUCA